AAAGCACAUUAAACGAAAUCGUGUAUAAUUUGUAGUGGUCUUGUAACAAAGAUCGCCUUCGUUACAAGAUCACUACAAAUCACACGCGAUUUCGUUCUGAAAAAGUCACCACCCGUUAGAUUUCAGUUUUCUUUUUUCUUUUCAAUUCUAAUGUACUCAGCCUACGCAAACUCACCUACCUACCUACCUACCUAUAUUUCUCUCUAUCCGACUCCAUUGUCUUGGAAUCUCACCCCUCCCCCAAAACAAUGUUUUCUUAUGGAAAACCCCCCCACCCCAAAUCAAUGUUAUCUUUCUGGAAAAAACCCCGCCAAAUCAUCUGAGUUGAACUGAAAGUUAGUAUAAAGAAGACGCAUGCGCAAACGAGUGUUGAGUGGCGGGUUUUUGAACAAGUGUUGAGUUGCGUGUUUUUGGGUCUCCUAAAACUGAUCAUGAACAUUCUUCGGAACUGUUUGUUUUUAGUGUGUAUUUACAAGGGAGUUGCGAAAUCCUAUAAAAUCUUCCAAAAUGAACCAGUGGAAUUGGGACAAAGUGUACUUCUUAGCACUGAAGAAAUUCCUAAUCUAAGAACUCCCUUUCACUGGAGUUGUGCAAACCGAAGGUAUGAAUGUGACAAAACAUGCCUUGAUCACGAAGAUUUUAAAGUUACAAACGGUGGCAACAGUUCUACUUUCUGGAUACGGAGUGUCAGAAAAGAAUGUUUAAAAUGGAAAUUCAAUGUGGAACCUCAAAUACUAAUGCCGGAAACUCUAGGAACAAUUGAAAUACAGCUAAAGACUACUACUACUACUACUGCUGCUACUGAUACUACUACUACUACUGCUGCUACUACUACUUCAGGUACUGCUGCUGCUACUACUACUACUUAUUAUUGUUGUUAUUAUUAUUAUUAUUAUUAUUAUUAUUAUAUUAUUAUUAUUAUAACAAUCCUUUCUAUUAAAGGUGCACGGCCUGAAAUUUUGUUGAGAAGGGACUAGUUGUUUACAUCCACCCCCAAUGUUUCACUGGUACUUAAUUUAUUGAUCCCCGAAAGGAUGAAAGGCAAAGUUGACCUCGGUGGAAUUUGAACUCACAACAUAACGCAGACGAAAUACCGCUAAGCAUUUCGCCCGGCGUGCUAACGUUUCUGCCAGCUUUUCAUUUUAAUAAUAAUAAUAAUAAUUACAUUUAUUGUUGUUCUUUAUUGGCCAUGUUUACAAUAUAAAUUGACAACCCUUUGCUUUCACCAUGGCCCUUGAAUAUAUCGUCUUUGUCUCAAUUAAGAUAAUUGUUAUUACUUAACUGGGGUUUGGAACAUAAAUUAG